GCAAACGAUACGAAAAGCGAACGCAUAUCAGCGAAAAGUCGAAAGUUCCCAUAAAUAUAUAUACACAAAUAUAUAUAUAUAUAAAUAUACAUAAAGAGUAUAUGUGAAAAUAAUUCGAAAUAAAAGUUAACUGGCCAAGAAGUGUAUUUUUACAUUGCCAUAAUUAUUGUUGUCGAUUGAAAGAUUGCGAUUUUUGUUGUUAUUGAGCAAAGUGUGCGUUAUCGAAAAAUAAACUAUUGUUACAAUAGCAAAUUGGAAAUAUAAAAAAAAGCAAAAACAAGCUUAAUUAAUUGGCGCAUGUUACGGCUACAACAACAAUUCUCGCAUUUGCAUUCACAUUCACCGUGUCCGGUUCCAUUUUAGUUGUUCAACGGACGUCGCCGCAAACAAUACGUUAACUGCCGCCCACCACUCGAUCAAGGGGGCGUGGUGGGAAUUUUUGUGUGUCCACAUUCGAUAACGAAAUCAUAAAUCACCAGAAAUGUAUGCACAAUCAAGGGGCAUCAAGGACUUUGACUCCCUAAAAACAUGGGCCCUCUGGGCCGGUAGCCUUGGUGUGGUGCAAGCCAUCAUCUGGAUAGGUCUGACAAUAACUGCGAUUAUUGCAUACACAUGCCAUAUAUAUAUAGCCCAAUACAUGACUUAUGGCACUUAUGUGAAGACCAUCUUCUUCGAUGUCUACUUCCAUGGCAAUUGCAAGAUGGCAGUGGACGAUUACGAGAACUACAACAGCACCAUGGUCGACUCGGUUCAAACCGUCUUCGAUCCCACACAGCUUCUAAUUUGGGAUUGUGUUUAUCUGGGCGUUUCCGUUUGCUGGCUCAUCGUUUCCAUUGUGCUAUUGCUUGGUCUGCGCAAGGAUAAUGUAAGCCAAACGCUUGGCGUCAUCUACAGUUGGGCAUUCUUUGUGGCCGCCAUCUGUGCCAUGGAUGUGACAGCAGGUGUCAUCUUUGGGGUCGACUAUGGUCGCUUCCAUGACAAGGCAUCCCAGUACAAUGCCAAUAAUAUAAAUAUCGGCGCGGUGGAUCCGAAUGCAGCUCAACUUGUUGCUGGCGGUGUUGCUGCCAUGGCCAUGAUGAUCAUCGCGUUCAAGGGUUUCAUCUUGCUGUUUAUCAACCUACUUCUGCUCAUCGGCUUAAUAGUGCGCGCUGUACGCAUUGGCCUAGAUAAGGAUGGUUCGGAUACGUUGUACAUGCCACGUAAGGAUUCGAAUGAUAUUCUAUCCACCCGUCAGCCAAUACGCGCCUACGAAACAGAGAAAAUCGAGGUUAAGUCGUAUAACAAUGGGGCCUUCAUGCCGGACACGCGCUCCACGACGGAGACCAUCGAGGUGAACGAGGAGGCGAUUGUCCGAGCUGCGCACAUGUCCCGAGAUGCAAAUCUUUUGGAGCGCCGUUUCCGCAACCUGGACGCCUUCCAGCAGUAUCCGGAACCCAAUCAGGGCAAUCGACCCGUUCGCCAGUCAUCGCAGGGUCCUAUGCAGGAGACGAUUGUUGUGGCCACCGCCGGGUUCCCGGUGCCGGACUACUCGCCACAGCCCAGUCCCAAUCCGAAUGGUAUUUUACGCCAUCAUCAGUACUAAAUCAGAAACGGCGCCACAAGCAUUUCUUCAUAAUAAUCCAUAUAAUUCUCAAAUAUUUCGCGCCACAGUUAAGCCAGCAAACAAGAGUAAAACAGAGAAAAGAAACCGCUAAAUUAAGCAACAAUUUUUGUUGCCAAUUGAAGCUUUUAUCAGAUUGUAUUAUGCGUAUUAUUUUAUAUAUAUUUAAUUACGUUCUAUUUACAAUAAAUGUGCAACUGUGAAAACAUUGUACGCAUACAUAUUUAUAAUUA